AUGAGCCGCAGCUUGAGACGAAUAAAUGCAGUUCGGUGCGUAUCACUGAUCAGGCCGAACGUCUCGAACGUUGUCCCCACACAAAUCGCUCAAAAGCUGGAUGUGGAGCCUGUAUUUGGGCUUGAAAAUCAAACUCUGGAGUCCAAGUUCAAAACACUGGGAACCCCGGCGACUUUGUGCUCGGCAAGCUUGCCAGCAUCGUUACCGCUAUACGUGCGCCGUGGGUGCAUUGUGUCGCUCCACAACGCGCAGGACUUGCACAUCGAACAUAACUGGCUAGGGGUCACGUGGUCGAUGGUCAAGUACGGGUCGUGGCGACCAGCGUUGUUCCACAAGCUGAUCUCACCGCGUCCGUUCAAUGCUCUAGUGGCUCCCAAUGUCAAUCACAGUCGGCUGGCUUCGUGGUUUGGCAUUUCUUCGCAGCCUUUCAGAACCCUGUGUCUUUUGACACUCGACGGAUCCCAGGACUGGUAUGUGUUUGGCGAAAACUCUUUAAUAGGAUACGAAGGCAACACGUCUCUGGAUAUCAAAAACUCUGGAUUUUUUUCUGCUCGCUCUUCCGCUCUUCCAAACGCUUACAGAGUGUUGCAAGGUCGUGGUAAUGCUCUAUUGAGCGGCGCCGGCUCUGUCUACACAAUCGAAUUAUCAGACGAAUGCGAUGAAUUGAUAUUGAAGAGCGAGCACUUACUGGCAAUUAGCAGCAAAAAUGCGCUAGACGCCAGAAACUCCGUUUCUGAGUACCGUUUGACCUCGCCAAAUACAUCAAAAGAGAUCUCAAAACCAAGUUUUACCGAUUCUCCAGCCGUUUCUCCAGAGAGUGAGCAUUCUGAAACUUUCGGUCUCAAACAAUUCGGACAGGUGACCUCUUCGGCUUUCAUUGCUGUCUGGAAUUGGACUAAGCACGUCUACACCGUGUGGGUCAAUGGACGCGCCAAAUACCUCAAGAUACGUGGGCCCCGUUCUCUGCUAGUCCAGAGCUCUCACAACGUUCUCAUGCCUGCUACUCAAACCUCCCAGCCUGUUUUGCGCAAUCACAUUGCCGAAAAGCCACUCUCUAUACCAGCUCUAAAUUCUAAAGACUACCUGAGCUAUGUGACGGUGCGACCAGACGGCAAAGUCGAAUUCAAGAGUACUCAAAAUUUCGACUCCAGAGUGGCAGAAAUCGAAAGUUCAAAUCGCCGUGUUUAA